UACACACACACACACACAUUCGCUGUUUAGCCACGAUAGUGUCAAGACGUGUGUUAUUUUGCUCUCACCUCAAAAUUUUCGUUGCCUUGCUCUCUCUAUAUUUUGUGCUUUUGUGUUUUAUUUUGUGUUCAAUCUUCUCGGUAAAAUGGCGGACAACUUCCUUAAGAAUGUAGAGUCAGCUAUUACAAACAUGAAUAAAGCGCUAAAUGCUCAUCAGCGUGUUCAUCCUGAAGUCACAGGUCCUGCUAAAGAAUUAGCUGUUCAAUCUCAAAAACUACUGGAUAAAUAUUUGGCUGUGACCGAAAGUUUGAAAUCUCAAAUUGACAAUUACCGAUCCUUGCUUAAUGAUACUCAAACUGACAACAACGAGAAACUUCAAAAAGUCCUGGAUAAACUUGAAUCAAUUCCUGUAAACAUGUCCACACCGUACAAUGUUGUUGCUCAGAAUCCACCAAAAACAUGCUAUAAAACUGUCCUUGUCAAACCCAAAAAUAACUUGCUUAGUCCACCUCAAGCAAAAGAAGCUAUAUGCAACUCCAUUCCAGCAAGUGACAUCAUGUGUAAUCAAAUUUCAAUAAACAAAACCAACGUUGCUUUCAAGUUCUCCAACGAGAACAGUAAAAACAAAUUUUUGAAACGUGUGAGUGAGAAUACUGAUCUUAAUACAGCUAUCGAUGCAUAUGAACCAACACCGAAAUGUCCAACAAUCAAACUCAAAAAUAUCGACUAUUCGACCAACGAAUCAGAUAUAAUUAACCAGCUUAUCACUCAAAAUGACCUGCAAGAUCUCAGAAGUCACGUCAAACUUCUAUUCACAAUCAAGAAACGACACUACUUUGACGCGAUACUGUGUGUUUCUCCUCAUGUUUUUGAACUAUUGUUUCAACGUACUUUGUUUAUUGGUUGGUCUGCGUGCAAUGCAGAACAAAUAUUUCUUCUCGGUCACUGUAGCAAAUGCCUCAGUUUUCAACACCGAACAAAGGACUGUCCCAGUCAGAGUAAUAAAAAAUGUAAAAAUUGCGGCAUUUCAUUUUCGGCCUCGCGUAUAAACAAUCAACAAUCCGAAUUUUCAAUACAUAUCAAAAACUGUUCAUAUUUCAAUUGCUGCCACUGCGCAGAGAAAAAUUUGCCAGCAGAUCAUCCUGCAUUAACUGAUCAUUGUCCUCUUUACUGUAAAAGAAUCAAAAAUACGUGGGAUAGAACAUGCUUUGACAACUCCACUAAAGUUCAAUUUUUUGAUAAACCCCCUCUUGCCGAUACAUCAACAAGCAACAAUCUUAACAAUACCCCUCCCUCCCCUAAUACACAGCCUUCCUCUUCCUCACCCUAACCUUCGUUCAUGGACCCUGUAAAAAUAAUACAACUGAACCUUAACCGCAGUACAAAUGCUGCCAAAGAGCUUGUUGAUCUCGUACAAAAAUCAAACCUUGACA